GCCAGUAUGUCAGGCGAUUGUAACUCGACUGCACCCACCUACUGUAUAAAAAGAUUUCCUUAUCCAAUUGUCUUCGUAACUAGAAAACUCAAAACAGUUGGCCACAACUGUUCCAACGCCACAAUUGUUUUCCAUUUAUUAUUGAGUACUUUUCUUUCUCAAAAAAAUCUCAAUGCCUAUAUUGUCCUUCCCAAAGAUACCUUUUUGCUUCCUCGUUCAAAUUCUCGAAAUGGCAUUCUGGUAACUUUGUUAAAAAUAAAAGAGAGAUGAAAACCAGACGGAACCAAGCUUCCAUUAAAACCAGAGCAGCCAGAGUGCACGUGAUGCAAAAAAAGUCUUCAAUAGAAAUAUCUGAUCGAUCUGAUCUCUCUCCAGCUCACUGUCAAAGCACACGACGUCUCCCUUCAAAGAAGACAAAUCAUUCUCACAUAACGAAAACCAUCUUAUUGUCCCGAUCGAGCUUGGCUAAGACGCUUCACCUCGCUAAGAAGGCGGUCUGAAAGAGCUUCACCCUCGCGUUCCAAUCCAAACUUCACAAGCUCAGGACUUCCAAAGUCGGCACAACCACCACUCGCCACCUCCAAGCCCUGCGCACCUUUGGCUAAUUGGCUUCGUGUUCCCCUUCAAACGACACCCUCUCCCUAGACCCCUCCUACACGCUCCCACGCUCUGGCUCUAGCUCCAAUUCCGACUUCGGCAAUUUUGAUCGGAGUCAGAGUCCGUUCUUGAUCGGAGUUUGGCUUUCUGACUUCGUCGGAGUCGGAACCCAGUCUUAAAUUUUAUGGAUGGAUAGCAGUGAAGUACGGCGGUAAAAGGAAUUCCAGAACUUCCAGUUCCUUUAAACUUUCGUUUCCGAUUCUUAAUUUAAUUUAAUUUUCUGCACCCGACCAGAAGUAUCGCUUAUUAAGGAGAUGUUUGGUAAUAUUUUUCAACUCAUCUCGUCUCUUUCCUAAACAUUACUAGAAGAGAAAUAUUUUCAAAUUAAUCGUUUUUUCAAAUUUAUCUUCCUUUCAAAACAAAGAAAAAAAAAAAGAAAGAAGUCCAAAGUCAGGCAUACUGGGCAGGCCCGUGCACGCCGUCCAGAGUGGCAAAAUGAAACCCAGCGUUGCAUCUUGUUGAAAACGGUGCGAUCAAGAAAAUCCCUAAGCAACUGCAACUGCAACAACGUCCCUCGCUGCAAGUGCAACGGAAAAUCAAAUCAAGACCUUGCCCCUUUGUAUGCAACUGCAAAUCUGCAACAACGCCCCUCUCUGGUCCAUACCUCGUGGUUACUGAUCCCAUUAUUACUUUUCUGCUUCAAUUUUUGUGGGUCUGUGCUCGUUUUUUCUCAAGGUAAAGUAGCAGUUAGCGGAACAAACUUGUGAAAGGCUCUUACCCCUGGUUCGACGCCGAGGAGUGGAUAGCAGUUAGCAGUAGAGGACGGCGUGGUUGCUGCUCGACCUAACGACGGAGCUCAGUCACUUCGUCCAAAUACCGAUCUGAAAGAGAGAAACGAUAAGAGAAGAGAUUUGUAUUGAGAUGAAGAUCUGAGGGAGACGAAAGAGCUGCGCCAAUCUGAGAGAAACGAAGGAAAGAGCUCCUGAGCUGCGCCUUAUUAAACCACCAAGGUACUGUAGAAAAAUUGAUAGAAAAUGGGUGUAUUAUAACUGACGUCAGCAGUGUGGACAUACAGCAAAAUAUAACCUCUUUGAUAAUGCUAAGGAAGAGUUUAAUUACACAGUGACAAUGACCCACUCAAACUAUCUUGAUCCACUUCUUUAACAUAAAGCUCUCUACUUGCAUGUCUCUCUACAUUGAAUAGCUUCUAACCCUUGCUUAAGAGUAGCUACCAAGAUUUCAAUCUCUUCCAUGGCUGUCCCAAAUGUCUCAUUCUCCUCUUCUUCUUCCCAUCCUUGGAAUCAUGACGUUUUUCUAAGUUUUAGAGGGGAAGAUACCCGCAAUACCUUUAUCGGUCAUUUGCAUCACGCUCUCAUUGAAAAGGGAAUCAAAACCUUCAUAGAUGAAGUGGAUCUUCAGAGAGGAGACGAGAUCUCCGCAACACUUUUGGAAGCCAUCCAACAAUCUAAAAUUUCCAUCAUCAUCUUCUCUAAGAACUACGCCACUUCCACUUGGUGCUUAGAUGAACUCGUCAAGAUUCUCGAGUGUCGGAAAUCAUUUGGCCAAAUGGUUCGACCAAUUUUCUACGAUGUGGAUCCUUCAGAUGUGCGGAAACAAUUUGGAGAAGUGAUGGAUAUGCAUGAAAAGAAAUUCAAGGAUGAUAUGCAAAGGGUGUUCAGGUGGAAGGUGGCUCUCAAAGAGGCAGCCAAUUUGUCCGGUUGGCAUUUGAACAAUGGGCAUGAGUCCGAUUUUAUCCAGAGCAUUGUUGAAGAGAUAUCAAGUAGAAUAUUAAUGAAGUGCAUGUUUUUAGAUGUUGCGAAGAACCCAGUCGGAUUACAUUCUCACAUACAUUCCAUGCAUAAGUUGUUAAGUGUUGGGUAUGAUGAUGUUCGCAUGGUUGGAAUCCAUGGGAUUGGUGGAAUAGGUAAAACCACUGUCGCAAAAGCUGUAUAUAACUUAUUUGCUAAUCAAUUUCAAAGUUGCAGCUUUCUUGAUAAUGUUCGAGAAACCGCAAACCGAUGUGGCCUUGUUCAAUUACAAGAAACACUUCUAUCUGAGACCUUGGGCAAUACAAACUUAAAGGUUGGAAUUGAGGAUAGAGGAAUUAAUGUAAUAAAGGAGAUGCUCUGUCAUAAGAAGGUUCUUAUAGUUCUUGAUGAUGUCAAUAAGUUGAAACAACUUGAGAAAUUAGCAGGAGAUAAGAAUUGGUUUGGUCCAGGAAGUAGAAUCAUUAUUACAACUAGAGAUCAACAUGUUCUAGAUACCCAUGGGGUAGAAAGAAAAUACAAGGUCCAAGGAUUAAGUCAUGCUGAUGCUCUUCAACUUCUUAGCUGGAAUGCAUUCAAGAAAUCUUAUCCUGAAAGAGGGUAUGAAAAGCUCAUGGAUUGUGUGGUUCAAUAUGCCUCGGGCCUUCCCUUGGCCCUGGUUGUGCUGGGAUCUCUCCUAUAUCGUAGAAGCAAACCAGAAUGGGAAAGCACAAUAUGUAAAAUGCAAAGAAGUCUUGAUAAAGAUAUCUAUGAAAUACUUAAAAUCAGCUUUGAUGCACUGGAGGACAAUGAGAAGGCUAUCUUCCUUGAUAUUGCAUGUUUCUUUAAUAGAGAAGACAGAGAUUAUGUAACAAAAAUUUUGGAAGCAAGCAAUUUUGAUGCUGUUAUUGGAAUACAAGUUCUCAUUGAAAGAUCUUUGGUGAAUGUUGGAUACUCAAACGAGUUGCAGAUGCAUGACUUGAUACAAUUGAUGGGUAGAAAUAUUGUUCAUAAAGAAUCUCCCAACGAGCCAAGAAAGCGCAGCCGAUUAUGGUCUUGUGAGGAUAUUCUCCAUGUUCUUAUGGAAAACACGGGAACUAAUGCAAUUGAAGGCAUAAAGCUAGAUUUGCUCGGGAAAAAAGAUAUUUUGCUAAAUCCUAGAGCCUUUACAAAAAUGAAAAGGCUUAGAUUGCUUAUAAUCCGCAAUGCAUGCUUCUCAGAGGGUCCUAAAAGUUUGCCUAAUGAGCUAAGAUUUCUUGAUUGGGCUGGAUACCCGUCAACAUCUCUGCCAUCCAAUUUUCAUCCUCAGAAACUUAUUACUCUCAACAUGUGUCACAGUAAAAUCAAGCAAUUCCAAGGGAUAAAGGUUUGUGAAAAUUUGAGAAAAGUAAAUUUUUCUUAUUGUGAAUACUUGAUGUGCACCCCUGAUGUCUCAAUGAUGGCAAAUCUUGAGAGUUUGGAUCUUAGAGGCUGUUGCAAUUUAGUUGAGGUUCAUCAAUCUGUUGGAUUUUUAAAGAAACUGUCUCUAUUGAGUGUUGAAUAUUGCUCCAAACUUAGACUUCUUCCUAACCUGAAGUUGCCACGUCUUCAACUCCUAGGACUUUCUAGUGGCACAAGUAUUGAGAAAUUUCCAAAUAUUGUGGGAGAAAUUCCUGAUUUAUCGAGUAUUUGGAUUUAUAACAGUCCCAUUCAAGAACUGCCUUCGUCUGUUGAAUAUCUCAUAGGGCUCGAAAGAAUUACAAUAAUUUUAUGCGAGAACCUUAGAGAUCUCCCUAGAAGCAUUUCUAAGUUGCUACGUCUCAAGUAUCUUAAUCUAAGUGAUUGCAAAAACUUCGGAAAGUUUCCAAAAUUGUCGUCAUCAUCAUCAUCAACAAAUUCAGGCUGGCUGGCUUCGUCAAAGUGGGACAAAACUCAAGAUAUUAGGCUCUCUGUUGGGUUUCCAGCUUUGGAACAGUUAAUCAUCUCUAACUGUGAUCUAGCAGAAGUAGAUUUCCUCCAAAGUCUUCAUUGCCUUUCCAUCCUACAACAUUUGGAUUUAUCAGGAAACAAUUUCGUUAGCGUCCCUGCAUGUAUUUUUAGAUUUACCCAUUUGCAAUCUCUUAAAUUGAUAGAUUGUGAGGGACUUCGACAAAUGAAUGCAAGUAGUGGUGGCAAAUCCUUCAUCGAUAAUUUAACGAUGAUGAUUCCUAUGUUAUAUAGAUUCUGUGAAAAAAUGAGAACUACAAUUAGAAUUAGAGGAGGAGAGUUACCAGAAUGGUUUAUCCAUAAAAGUAGAAAGAAUUACAUGUGUUUCCGAGUGCCUCCACCUAAAAGAGCCAAGUUAGCGGGUUUGGUUAUCGGUAUUGUUUUUAAACAUGAGGAUGAUCAUUUUGGACCGUCACACUCUUCCGCCAGUACGACCAUGGUCUAUAUCAAUGGUAUAUUCGUUGAAAACUUGGAGUACUACACCCUUGGUGGAGUAUUGGAAUCAGAUUGUGUGUGGCUGUAUUGUGUUCCGUGUGGUGCCUUCAAUCGGUGGGAUGAGAAAAAUGAAGGGGAUCACUUUGACAUUUCGUUUGAAUUUCCAUGCAAAGACCCAAUAGCAGACGUGGAUACUAAUAUAUUUGGGGUCCAUUUUGUAUUCGAGCAAAACGACAACGUGGAUGAUGAUGAUGAUCCAAGAGUGAUCCGGCAUUAUUGUUCUCUUGACAAUAGAACAAGAUUUUUUCAAAAACCAAAUACUGUUCUCUUCACAAUAGAACAAGUCUUUUCCGAAAAAAAAAAGAGGAAAAGAAAUAGUCUUGGAGAACAAUAAUUGUUGCCAAUCAGAGCAUGCAGGAGAUCAAAGAUGAAGAGAAGGCAUUGAAAGCCUAGCUGUGGAGGACCCAGUAAUAUAUAUACUUGAUUCCACGUCUUUGUAAAUUUCAUACGGGUAUUGAUGCUCUGUGUCAUUCAAUAUCAUUAAAAUACUUUUAUUUUUAAUGUCUUAUGUUAGAUAAUUAAUCCUUAUAUUUAAUGCCUUUUGUACUAGAUAUUUAAUCCUUUGUUUUGGUUGCUUUA